CAUUCUACAAGUGGCUUUAAGCUAUAUAGAUUUUAACCUAUCCAGUUGCCUACCACAAAUUCUCACUGUUGGAGUCAAGGCUAGUAUCUGGUGUGGCAAGCAUCUAAAGAUGAGUCUUCUUUCAACAGAAGAAUCUCAGGAAGGUGAACAUAGCUCUGUAUUUUAUCAGCUUCUUAUGGAGAUCCUAAGAUUUUCUGCAUCAAUUUUUUCAGCUUUGUUGAAAUUCACUGAUUUUGGUGACAAGGAAUUGAUGGGAAUGGUUGAAAACUUCAUCUUAGAAGCAUUAACUCUGACUAAAGAUUCUAUAUCAGGUGCUAAGCAAAUUCAAUCAUUUGGAUCAGAAAUACUGAAGGUUGGACAAAUGGUCAUUGAUGCUGUCAUAAAAUUAUGCAAGGUGCGUUCUGAAUCAGUAAACUGGGAGGCCUGUGAUGAAAAAUGGUUGAGGCUUGACAAGCCUACUACUGUGAACCAUGCUAUCAAUAUAACAAAAUGUACAGUAGAAAAGCUGUCUCAGAUUGGCGUCCUUGCUGCAAGUGAUGGUGGCAAUUCUGUCAACAUCCUUAAUGUUUCCUGGAAAGGUGUUGUUUCCUUGCUUCAAAUUGGUGGUGGACAUUUAACAGAAUUGAAUGCACCAAAUAUAGUAUUAACUUUGCUUGGAUUGAUAACUGAGCCUCUGAAAUGUGCUGCAGAGACUUGGUCUUCAUCACUGAAUGAACCUGUUUCUGUAACUGAAGCUAAGAGGAUCUUUGUACCAGUGAAAUUUUAUCUUAUUAAUGCAAUUAAAAUAUGCUCACUGUAUACUCAUCAGGCCUAUACAGUGUACAAGGAAAUUACACUCUGUGUUCUCAAGAUCACUUCUUUUUUUAUUUUUGUAAGCAAUAAAAACUUUCUGAACUGUGCGUCUGUGGUUAUCACUGAAUUAUUAGAGGAAACAACGUUGGAUCUAUUAUUGUCAUUGCUAAAUUCUGAUAAACUGAAACUGGAACAGAAGCUUGAGGUGCUGGAGUGGUUGUUCAUUAAUGAAGGGGAUUCUCAUUCUGGCCUUAAUUGCCCUACCUUAAUUGAUUGUAACCUUGCAUGGGUUGUUAAACUCUUCUGCAAUAGUUGUGAAAGUAUGACCAGAGCAAGAAUGCUUAUACUUGGUCGAGUUGUAUUGUUUAUAAACUUCCUCAGAUAUUCUCCUGGGCUCAAUGAAGAUUUGAAAUCAGCGAUAACUCAGAAGCUUCAUUGGCUUUUGGAUGUUUUAGUUGAGGAUGAUGUAUAUUCUCACAUACUUGUUUUGCAACUUCCUUUAUUGUAUGGCUCUGGAAAAACAACUGAACUGAUGUGGCAGCCAAUGUUUACUACCUUCUUACAAGCAUUCAAAACCUUCAUGAUUGUGAUCUCUUCAAGUAAUGCUUGGUGGGAGUUGGAGUCUUUCUUACUAGAGAAUUUCUUUCAUCCUCACUUUCUCUGCUGGGAGAUUGUGAUGGAAUGCUGGUGCUUUAUGCUGCAACAUGCGGAAACACAAAUGGUCAACAGCAUCAUUAGCAAACUAUGUUCAUUACUAAAGCUGCUGGCAUCUUCGGAUUCAGUUUUCCUUCCUUGUUCUUCCUUCAGAAAGUUGGCAAGGUCAAUAUGCUUUCUUCUAACCUAUGGUGCACCAUCAAUAAUAGAUGAGGUGUACAUGUCUCUUGUUGGUGAUGGGCGAUCACAGUUGUCAUCAAUUUUUUGUUUGGCUCUACUUGUAGAAGGUUUUCCACUAGAUUUACUGACGGAUGAGUUGAGGAACACUUCCAUUCAAAGAAUUGUGUCUGAUUAUUUUGAAUUCAUAGACAAUUUUGAUGAAGCAUCAUUAAUGGCAUGCUCCUCUGGUUUGUUUGGUGGUCCAGUUUUUAUUCUUUCAGCUUCUUUGCAAUCACUCCAAGUUGGGCCAUCUGAUAUUGAUGCAAGGACCUUAAAGUUUUUGGUUUCAAUUACUUCGAAUUAUAGGAGUUCCGUGGACAAAGUAAUCAAGGACCAUUGUCUUCGGCUUUUCAGUGAAACUCUAGGGAUCAUCUCACAUUUGAAACAUCUGUAUGCAUCAAAUGAUAUUGAACAAGCCAUCAUAGAGAUUGAAAAUAUCUUUAUCUCUGAGCCUCCGGCCCUUUUGUACAAAUGCAAACCACACUUGGCUCAAUUCUUGGCAGGACUUGUACACAUGGAAAUUUCAGAGAGUGAUGAUGAUGCAAAGAGCUGUGCUGUGUGGGAAUUAUAUCGCUUGAUCUUGAAGGAGCAGCACUGGGCACUCGUUCACUUGGCAAUAACUGCAUUUGGAUAUUUUGCUGCUCGUACUAGGUGCAAUCAGCUAUGGAGAUUUGUUCCACAAGAUGCAGCACUUUCAUAUGAUAUAGUUUCAAGAUUGGAGACAAGUAAGGAAACAUUUAUGGCUGAGUUUAGAAAAUUUCUUAAUAAGGAAGUUGCUCUUCUUACAGUUGCACCAAGCCCUGAACAGCUUGAGCUGCUAGGAAGAGAAGGUUUUGUGUUGAAACAGAUGGUCCAAAAGAUUUCAGUAAUUGCUGAAGAGGGAGAGAGAUGUGAAAGCAUGGAAAUUGAUGACAAGAACCAAUCAAAUAAAAAAAGGAAGCUUCCUGAUGGAAUUAGCAGAGGGGUAGAACUGCUGAAGAGCGGUUUAAAGAUUAUUGGGGACGGUCUUUCUCAGUGGCAGCUAAAUCAAUUUGAUACCAGUGAAUUGCAUGUAAAAUAUUUCACUCAGUUUUCUCAACUUGAAUCUGUAAUUACUCACUUUGAGGAAUUGGCUGGGAGCGGUGAGGUAUGCUUGUGUUCUAUUCAAAGUAAUUCUCGAGGUUGAUCAUUCAUUGAAGCCUGUUCUAUUGUA